GUCCCGGCCGCGCCGCCGCGGCUCCGCAUCAGCGCCGAAACAGGUUUUGAGAUCGGGGAGAGGCCCGGCUGAAGUUUACAACCAACAGCACAAAGCUUUUCUGAAGGUGUCACCUGGGAUCUCACUGCAGAGCCAUUAGACCUUUUAAAAAAUGACAGAAAGUUGUGGGCAGGAGCAGACGAGAUGGGUGACAACAGUCAUUAUGAGCACGGCUCUGCAGGAUCAUGAAAUUUCUACCAUUCUACAGAGGCAACACCACCGAGUUCGAUAUUCAGAAUCAGUGGAAACUGGAUCUGUGAUUUUUCCUCUUUCUGGUGUUGCAUUUAUACUGUCAGACACUCAAGAUUUGCUUAGGACGGGGGAAGAACAGUUUUCUGAAAGAAUUCAGAGGUUCAUAGGCAUUCAUCGGAACAGUUUUCUGGUUUUGUCAGCUGCUCUUCAUGGACCAGAAGAAUGGAGUGUCAUGUUCAGGAUUCAGAAAAGAUUCCUGGGCAGUAAUUUACGUGUAAUACCAGUUCAUAAUCCUGCUGAAACUGUUAAAUUAAUGCUAACUAUGGCUAAGAUAACUUCCAAGCCACAAGCAGAUGAUACUCGUUACAAAAUGGAAAUGAUAAAAGCCCAAAUAAUAGAAAAAAGUCCAGUUUGGAAGAUGCUCCAGGAGUACCAAUCGCACUGUAAUUAAUUUAGUGUUUGGGGUUUUUAUUCAUAAAUAGAAUGGUUACAUUUUAAACAAAAUAUAGAAUGUUCUUUAAAAUAUAAUUACAUUUCAAAAGACUAUAUACAA